AUGGGAGGUGGAAAGGACAAGCCUGACGAGUCUACUGACAAAGGACUGUUUUCAAAUCUUGCUGGCUAUGCCGCGGGACAUUACCCCCCAAGCGCACCAUACCCUCCGCAUGGUUAUCCUCCUCAACAAUAUCCACCACAGGGAUACCCACCUGCAGGUUACCCUUCUCCUGGUGGCUACCCACCAUCUGGCUAUCCUCCUCCAGGAGCAUACCCACCAUCGGGAUACCCACCAGCAGGUUAUCCUCCUCCAGGAGCUUACCCUCCAGCUGGUUACCCUGGCUCAUCUGCUCCCCAUCAUUCAGGGCAUGGAGGAGCUGGUAUGGGUAUGGGGACAUUGUUAGCCGGAGGUGCUGCUGCUGCAGCUGCUGCUUAUGGGGCACACCAUUUGUCCCAUGGUGCUCCUCAUAUGGGUUAUGGAGGUUACCAGGGCUAUGGUCACGGCUAUGGUCAUGGCAAGUUUAAGCACGGCAAGUUUGGCAAGCGCUGGAAGCAUGGCGGGUUCGGAAAGCACAAGGGCAAAUUCUCCAAGAGAUGGAAGUGA